UUCCCUCCAAUUUCGAUUACGCCGGCCAGCCAGAGUGGUCCGCUUACGAUAUGUCCCCCCAAACCGCCGGGCCCUCGUCCUGGGGGUCCGCGUUCGCGUCGAUCGGCGAGUCUGACCAGGGCAUCAGCCCCGAUGUCACGCCCGAGGCGACCCCAGCGACUCCUGCGCCUAUCGACCAGAUCCCCGUGCGGCAGCGGACGAUGUCGAAUGCGUCGGUGCGCUCCACCCGCUCGCUCUCGGCGCUCUCGCUCUCCAAGGUGAAGGUGAAGUUCGCGGGCGCGAAGAGCCCGGGGAACAUCGCGCGCAAGCUGCGUUUGAAGAGGGGGGAGUCGACCCCUGACGCGACGGACCUCACCACCCCUUCGCAGACCCCCGUUAUUGACACAGACCUCCCGGGCGCGAUAGAGAUCGGGCGGGGCAGCUGUUUCCUGCCGUGGGCACGCGACCUCAAAGCCCGUAGCAUCCCUCCGCAGGGCACCUUGGUGGAUAUUGACGUCGGUCUGUCUAGUCCCAUUACCCCGCUCUCCCCGAUCUACCGCGUCGGACCGCCGUCCGAGCUCGCAAUCCUUCGUGCAAAGGGACGUUCCUACUCUUCACCGUUCCCUCUAUCGUCUUCUUCCCCGCUCGACAUCGUUCCCGUGACGCCGACUGACAUCUCAGAAGCCAUCCAAAUUGAAGUACCUAACUACUUUGACGAAUACCUGCCGCGCGAAUUGAAGUUGCAGGUCUUGGCGGCCCUCGUCGAGCUCCAUGAGGAGGAGCACCAGCGGCUGGUCACGAGCGAUCGUUGGACGGCGCGCAAGGCCGGACGAAAUAGGUGGGUCGGCGCCGAGAAGGGCAUCGUAGAGCUUCUCAAGUUGAGCAGGGUGUCCAAGGCCUGGCGGAGCCUCAUCUUCGAUGGGCAACUCUGGUCGCGGCUUCCGAAGCUCCCGCCCGCCGCACUGGCACGCCUGUGCAAGGACGCGGGCGGGUUCGUGAAGCAGCUCGAGCUCGCGGGGAUGCCGGUCCUUACGUCGGACAUGCUUACCGACAUGACGGAGGGCCUCUGUAUCGAGGCGGCGUAUCCUGGCGAUCUCCCCCAUACGCGCAUCACGACGAUUAACCUCCAGGGAUGCACGAUACUCUCUACUCGGUCUUUGCACCACCUUCUCAUUCGCUCACCUUCGCUGGAGACGCUGCUGGUGAAAGGAAUCGCAGCGGUGACCAAUACCACGUGCACGAUCCUGGCGACGUACUGCCCCAAGCUCGUUGAGCUCGACAUGAGCAGGUGCAGCAACCUUGACGGAGAAGGCAUCCGGUCUCUGGCAUCCUCCACGCUCCUGCGCGGCGAAACCUUGCGGCUCAAGGUCCUGCGCCUGAGCGGACUGAAGCGGGUCACAGACGAGAUGAUGCAACGUCUAGGCAAGGCCGCCCCCGACCUGGAGGUUCUGGACCUCAGCUACGCGCGGCACCUCCACAACUCCGCCAUUGACGCCUUCGUGUCCCUCACAGAGAACGAGGCGAAGGAGGUCGACUCUGUAGAGCUGACCGCGCGCGAGGCGGGCCGCGACCCUACCGACCCGUCGAAGUACUGGAAGCGCGUGACGCGCCUCCGCCAUCUCGCGCUCUCCUCCUGCCUCAUGCUCACGGACCACGCCUGCACGAACCUCGCGUUCGCCGUCCCGAAGCUCGAGUUCCUCGAGCUCGCGGGCAUCGGCGCGGACCUCCGCGACACGGGCCUCGUGCACCUCCUCGGGACGACGCCGAAUAUCCGCCGGCUCGACCUCGAGGACGCCCGCGAGAUCUCGAACGCGGUCCUCGCCGCGCUGACCCCACUCGAUGCGAAUCCCGCCCCGGCGCCCGCUCGACGUGGUCAGCCAGCGCCCCCGCCGCAGACGGGCCACGCGCUGGAGCAGCUCGUCGUGUCCUACGCGGAAAACCUGACGAACGACGCGUUGCUCGCCCUCGUCCGGGGAUGCCCCCGGCUACACGUGCUCGAAGCCGACAACACACGCAUGAACAGCGCCGUUGUGCGCGAGUUCGUCGCCCUCUCCCGGAAGCGCGCACAUAAUGACCCGUACAUCGGCGCGAUCGACUGCCGCGCGGUCGGCGAGCUCGCGGUGCGCGACGUCGUGGGGCAGACACGGCCGCGGCGCGGGUGGCGCGCAUGGGACGCACGCCGGCUCGCGUUCCUCGACGCGCGCGACGGGGAGGCGUUGGGCGUCGGCCAGGACGAGUGCGACCCACGCAGAGUCGUGCUCAAGACGUUCUACUCGUGGCAGACGGUCGACGCUGUGCGGGCUGCGCGCGAGAAGCGGCGCAAGACUGCGCGUAGGUCUGCGAAUAGCUCGGCGAGCAGCGGGGCGGCUGCGGACGUGGAAUCGGGUGGGGGGCGCACCCGUUGGUGGACUCCGAGUGGGCGAAGGUCUGGGCCUGGUUCGCCGCUCGCGAUUGACGGCGGGGAGGGGCGCGAUGGGUGUACCAUCAUGUAGGUCGAAGGGGAACAUAGACUGGUAGGAGGAAGGUAGGCGGGAACCGCCAUGUCUCGCGCUCGGAAUCGUUCGCGAGUGACUGUAUAUUAUGCUCUCCCGGAUCUGUUGUACUCUGAUUGUACAGUAUCUGUACGUGACUUUUUUCCCCUGCUCAGGCUCCAGAUGUAAAGAUCGUUAGAUUUCGGCCACACCAUUGUAGGAUAGUGGACUUGUUGUCAUAUUACAAUAUGAAUGUACUGGGGGUGUACGAAGGCGCUGUACGAGUAGCUUAUGAGCCGUGUAACAUAUGCAUUAUCCUGGAAUUCGUCGAAGUCGCCCGGAUACACGAGCGCAGGAACUAGGACAGGACGCGUAAUGUACAGGAGCGAGUCUCAUGAAGACUUUCUGGGCUUCUUUUUCGUCUUCUUCCUAUUGCUCUUGUCUUUCUUCGCUGAGCUAGGAGUGGAAGUGGGCGUGUUGCUUCCUGAAACCACUACACCUAUCGGGACGUCGUCGCCUUCUGUCGCCACAGAGGCUUGCUUUUUCUUCUUUGGCGAUUUUGUGGCCUUGGUAUCUUGGCUGUCUCCGUAACCAGCAAACGGGUCCACUGCGGGUCGUCUCCGCUUUUUGGCACUGGCGGCCUCAACACUGUCAGUCGCCUCUGUCGCACGGCCCUUGCCCUUGUCCUUCGGGCUCUUCGCCUCCGGCACGUCCUCAUCCCCUCCACCGUCCUCGCCAUCUCCAAACACCUCCAGCUCGUCCGCGUCCGCGUCACUCCCCUGCUCCGCAAGCUGCUGCUCGUACUCCGCCCGUGCUCGCAUCUUGCUCGUAACUUUCACAGGGAUGGCUGCGGCAGGGGCUGUAGUGGCCGAAGGGGCGCCGCCGUCCGCGUUAAAGCGAAUGUGCGAGGGCCCUUCGUUAUCUCCUGGGGGCCGCUGGAACCGCACUUGCGCAAUAGCGUGUUUGAUGAAACGAUUGGCUGCGGCCUUGUCGACGGCAGUUUUCCUCUUCUCUGGGUCCUCCGCGUUCUUGAUCUUGUCAAAGUAUUGUCUGACACGGUCGAGUUCAGCCACCACAGGGUGCGUCUUUGGGUCAAUACCCCGCGUUUUCAGAUAGAUGAAGACGAGGUCAUAUACAAGAUAGGGUAAUGCGACAUUUAGCUUGACUUGUUGGAUCGUCUCUAGAGGUAGCAAGGACUCCGGAAGUGUUUGCGCAAGCAGCGGCUCUAGUCUCUC